UUUUUUUUUAAACUACUUCAGAUAGUGAGGAAGAUUUCUUUUUUCGACUCUCUAUACAGCUUGUGGAAAAUCUAAUCGAGUUAUCUGUUUAUUAUUAAUAUUAUCAACAUGCAAGUUUUUGUCAAGUCUCUUGCGGGCAACACCCUUGCUCUUAAUGUCAACAACAAUUCUACUAUUGCUGAAGUCAAGUCCUUGAUUGAAGCUCGUGAAGGUAUUCCUUGUGAUGCUCAACUUUUGUCAUAUGCUGGAAAGUCUUUGGUUGAUGGUGAACUCACUUUGUUUGGUGUUCAAGACAACAGCACUCUUCAUCUCAAUGCUGAAUUGUUGGGUGGUGGUAAGAAGCGUAAGAAGAAGACUUAUACUACUCCCAAGAAGAUCAAGCACAAGCGCAAGAAGGUCAAGAUGGCUAUUCUCAAGUUCUACAAGGUCGAUGAAGCUGGUAAGAUCACUCGUCUCCGUCGUGAAUGUCCUUCCCCUACUUGUGGUGCUGGUGUCUUUAUGGCUUCGCACUCUGACCGUCAAUACUGUGGCAAGUGUCAUUUGACUUAUGUUUUCAAGGAUGAAACUGCCUAAACAAGAAGAUAAUUCUUAUUGGACUAUCUUUUAUAGUUUAGUUUAGUAAUAUGUAGACUAGUUUUUUGAUUUUUGAUUCUAUUUUUGUAUACUGUUAGUAUAUGGAUAGUAAUAAUAAAAAAAAAAACGGUUUAUUCAUUAUCA